AUGUACGCCAAGGGAGGAAAGGGCUCCGCCGUCCCCUCCGACAGCCAGGCUCGGGAAAAGUUGGCGCUGUAUGUAUAUGAAUAUCUGCUUCAUGUGGGAGCCCAGAAGUCAGCCCAGACCUUCCUGUCGGAGAUCCGGUGGGAGAAGAAUAUUACAUUGGGGGAGCCCCCAGGGUUUCUGCACUCUUGGUGGUGUGUAUUCUGGGACCUGUACUGUGCGGCCCCUGACCGGAGAGAGACCUGUGAGCAUUCUAGCGAAGCCAAGGCUUUUCAUGACUACAGUGCGGCUGCAGCUCCCAGCCCGGUGAUGGGUGGCAUGGCUCCCAGUGACGGGAUGCCUAUGCCAGCUGGCUUCUUUCAGGGCCCUCCUGGCUCUCAGCCGUCUCCACACGCCCAGCCCCCCCCACACAAUCCCAACGCCCCCAUGAUGGGCCCUCACAGUCAGCCCUUCAUGUCCCCGCGGUACCCAGGAGGCCCCCGGCCGUCCCUCCGAAUGCCAAACCAGCCACCUGUGGGAGUCCCGGGCUCCCAGCCGCUGCUGCCUAAUGCCAUGGACCCAUCCACGCGGGCUCAAGGCCAUCCGAGUAUGGGGGGCCCAAUGCAGAGAAUGAAUCCACCCAGGGGAAUGGCGGGGAUGGGGCCUCAGAAUUAUGGCAGCGGAAUGAGGCCCCCACCCAAUGCCCUCGCUGGCCCCGGCAUGCCAGGGAUGAACAUGGGUCCAGGAGGACGGGGACCAUGGCCUAACCCCAGCGCCAACUCAAUAGCAUACUCCUCCUCCUCCCCAGGCAACUAUGUGGGUCCCCCAGGAGGCGGUGGCCCCCCUGGAACCCCCAUCAUGCCUAGUCCUGGAGACUCAACCAAUUCCAGUGAGAGCAUGUACACCAUGAUGAACCCCAUUGGGCCAGGCAGCAACAGACCCAACUUCCCAAUGGGUCCCGGGCCUGAGGGCCCCAUGGCAGCGAUGGGGGCGAUGGAGCCACACCACAUGAACGGCUCAUUAGGCUCAGGUGACAUGGACGGGUUGUCCAAGAACUCUCCGAACAACAUGGCCGGCAUGAGCAACCCCCCAGGCACCCCACGGGACGACGGCGAGAUGGGCGGGACCUUCCUCAACCCCUUCCAGAGCGAAAGCGUAAGCGACCGUGCCAACCCUCCCCCCGCGUCGGGCAGGAGGGGCCUCGCGGGCAGGCCCAAGCGCGGUGGCCGGGGGGCCAGAGCAAGACCGUGACCGCCGGGCCGGGCCGAGGGGCACCAGUACUCACCCAGCUUGACCAUGAGUGUGUGAAGACAGCACUACCCUCAGCCCUGGCCCCCUUGUAAACUUGUGUAUUUAAGGACCGGAUACCCUCCUUCCCCUUCUCCUCCCCAUACACUUCCUUUCCCCAGCCCUCUCAGACCUCGCCCAUGGGCACCCACUGGGGUGUCAGCAUCUGGGCAUCUGGGCAUCUGGGGCUGGCUGCCCCAUCACCCCAACCUUGUGGCCUUUUGGACAAGCUGGGGGUGGUGGGGGGUGCUCCUGAACUCUGACUCAGAGGUCAAGGCAACCCCAGUUGGUCUUCUGGGCCUGGAGGAAGGGACAGGGGGAUGGGAGGUGCCAGAGGUUGCUUCGGACAUUUGGACAGAACGAGGAACGGGCUGGGCCGUCCCUUCAGCCUGGGUCCACUCUGACCUUCUGACAGCCCCAAGGCCUGGGCCAGGGGAGGCUGAGGCUGCCCACCUCUGCUGAAGUGCCCCCGGUUCCGGGGAAGGCAGAGCAGCCGGACCCUUUCAGGCCAGGGGCUGCUGCCCUCUUCACUCCUCAGUGCCCAUCGGGGGCCUGCAGGCCUGACGUUCAUGCACCAACAACUUUACUUUUAUACCGCGAGGACCUCAGAGACAGACAGAUGGACCGGAGUCCAUUCCCCCAGCUGUACAGCCCUUCACCCCGCGGGGGCGCCCCUGGCCCCAGGGCUGGGGCUCAGGCCGUGGGAUUGGACGUUCUAACUCCACCGCCAGGGCUGUCAAGACGGAGCCAUGGGAGGGGGU